GAUCGCCUCCCGAGGUGGACCCAGACCACUGGUACCCUGACCUCUCCCCGCCGAGCACGCUCCUCGAGCUGGCGAGCCGUGAGACCGAUCGCGGCCCGUACGUGCGCGCGCUGCUGGCAGCAGGCGCAGACGCCAACCGGAUCAACCCGUUCCACCGGAACGCUCCGCUGCACGUGGCAGCCGAGGCGGGCAAUGCAUCGUCCAUGGAGGAGUUGCUCCGCGCCGAGACCGUCGACGUCAACAAGCAGGACCUGUGGGGCUGCACGCCGCUGCACCUCGCCGCCUUCAGGAUGCGCCUGCGAGAGCCUGGCAGUGGCACAGAUAUCAUGGGUGGUUGGGUCAGUUUGCCGUCGGUCUCGCUUAGUGAGGAGAAACGGGACGAGCUUGAGCAUGGAUACCAGAGGUGCGUGCAGCUGCUAAUGCGCCACCCGUGCAUUGACGUCAACAAGGCGCACGGGCGCAGGGGCCUGACGGCUGUGCACAUGGCGGCCAAGGGUGACGCCCCCGCCGCCAUGUUGAGCCUCCUGCUGGCCGAGGGGGGCAGCCGCUUGGUUGUGGACGCCGGCAGUGACAUUGAUGGCCGCACGGCGCGGGAAGUCAUCAGGGACAAGCACCCACAGCUGGCAAGACAUCUGCCGCCACUCCAGGCGGGCACGCACGCCCAAGACAAAUUGUCAGCCGACAGUUUGUUCUUCUACCUGUACAGCCGCGAGAGCGAGCGGUUUCUCGCGGCCCUACAUCAGCAGCACUUCCUCCAGCAUGCAGGACUCCUGGAUGCCGAUGAUGGUAGCCACACGCUGCUGCAGCUCGCCAGCAAGGAGGGUCUGCACGACGUGGCCAAGGCGCUUCUCAAGGGCGGCGCGGACCCCAACCGCACGGCCGCCAGUGAUGGCCCCAAGCACAGCCCGCUUGACCUCGCCUGCUUCCACGGCCACUACCGCGUUGUCCGCGCGCUCGUCACUGACCCCCGCACUGACCUGGAGGCCAGCGGCCUGAGUGACAGGCCCCUGCAUGCCGCUGUCAGGGGGGCAGCCGAGGCCUCCCAGGAGGACGGCGGGGUCCACGCCCAUUGCCGUUGUGUCAAGAUUCUUCUUGCCAGGGGCGUGGACGUGAACGCGUCGAACGAGGGCGGGGACACGGCGCUGCUCUGCGCGGCGCAACACGGUCUGUCCCAGUUGGUGAGCAUCCUUCUCAAGGGAGGCGCCGUCCUUUCUAGUUUGGAGUACAUGACGCCGCAUGUUCUCCGGGCACACUUCGACGACUGCAUCUCCACCAAUGGACUCUCGCCCCACGCGAAGAACUACGCGGUUGUCUUCGACUACACCAACUUUACAGACCCGUACAAGCCCAGCUCGCAGCGAAUGCAUCGGGGCUUUCAGACGAAUGCUCCCCCAGCCAAACAAAUGAAGAAGGCCGCCUCUCCGCAAACAGCGGAGCCAGGUGGUGGGCAGGGUGCUUCUUAUGGCUGGCGAGACCCCAACACUACCGCCAGCGAGGUCAGGCAACCUACCACCCCCGGAAAUCAAGUGACCGUGAGCGUUGAGGACUCCACGAGUCACAUCAAGGGUCAGAAGAAGAUGGAGGAGACAUGGGAGCUAGAUUUUAUCGGCUUGGUCCUGUCCGCGGGCGACCUUCGCAUGCAGGAGCUCGUCAGACACCCCCUUGUCGCUAGCUUUCUUGACCUCAAAUGGCAGCUCGUGAAAAGGAUCUACAUUUUUUUCAACCUUCUCUCUCACCUAAUUUUCAGUGUGGGUGUCACAGUAUACGCCACGUUCAGGGAAUUCAAGAAAGUAUUGGUGAUCGCGUCCCUUGAGGAAACCCCCAAAAGCGUACUCAUCGGGGUGGUGUUUAUCUACGCCAUUGUGGAGUGUGUCCGCGUGAGCCAGCGUUUCAAACUUUUCAUCCGGUUCUUCGGAUGGCGGAAAUUGGUUUCUUCUUUGCAAGACUGGAUGGCGAUUUCUUCAAUUGUUGUGACCAGCGUGAUGCUCGCAACCGACUCCACUAACGUCUACCUGCGUCGGCAGCUGGCAGCGGUUUGCGUCCUCACGACGUGGAUACGGCACAUCUUGAUCUGGGCUCCGAUAUCACAACAGCUCGCCACAAGCAUCGUGAUGGUGAAGAGGGUCUCGUGGCAAUGUUUUAAAGUCCUUAGGAAUUACGGGAUCCUGAUCGUUGCCUUCGCUCUGAGCUUCUACAUCCUCUUCCACAACUGCCCCAUUGACGGGACAGGGCCUGACUGCCCGGAUGACGAAACGGGCGAUGAUGAAUUUUUCCGCAACCCAGCCAAGUCUAUCUUCAAGUCGUUCGUCAUGCUGACCGGGGAGUUCGACGCUAGCUCGUUGCCGUUUGAUUCCUUCCCCGUCACGAGCCACAUUUUGUUCCUCCUGUUUGUCUUCCUGGUUUCCAUCGUCCUCUUUAACCUGAUCCUUGGCCUGGCUUUAAGCGACACCCAGGCCAUCCGUCAGGAAGCCGAGUUGUGGGCCCACGUCUUGCGCGCUGAGCACCUUUUAUUCUCUAAAUUUGCACUAGCGAGAUGGUGGUCGGAAAGGUUACCAAGUAUUAUGCUCUUCUCUCGUGAUAAGCGUGAGCGCCGGAUUCGAGUACUUCCUAGCGACGGCAACCGUGUGACUUACCCAAUGGAAAAAAGCAGUAAAUUAUAUAAGUACCUCCAUACACUUCGGAUGGACUCGGACAUCAUGAGGAAAGUCAACGAGCUGCUGUUGGAGCGCAAGUCUCAAAGUAAUGUCAACUAGCUCGCAUACGAGAGUAGAAAUGGUCCAAUGGCGUUAACUGUCCACCACUAUCUUACUAUGGCUUGGAUCUGCACAUUCUGCAAAAAGUUCCCUUUCGGGUAUUGAAUUAGUAUGCACUGGAAAAAAACGCUUGUUUGACAAAAACACUUUACGCACGGACGGUUACUUACAGAGAUUUUGACCUGCGUAUUGAAGCCGUAAAUAGACAUAUCUGUUCGUAGAUUGUUUUUUUUUUCGUCAAACGAUACGGUAACUACAAUAAACAUAGAUAUUUUAACGUG